CCUUUCCCGGUCGGGCGCGUUGGGUAUGGCGGAAGAAGGCGUUUUUAGGAGAGGAGAGCGGCACAACACGACGAGGUUCGUGAAGGGAACCAAUGCCAAGAAGCCGCCCAACUUCGAAGGCACUGGGCUGAUCGCCAUCUUCAAGCAUCCGCUGAGUAUUUUUCUCCUAUGUGUGCCGUUCGGCAUUUGGUCCUACUACGCCAAGUGGAAUGCUGCCUACACCUUUUGGCUAAACUUCUUUGCCAUGCUACCGAUGGCGAAGAUUCUCGGCGACAUCACAGAGGAGCUGGCGGCCGGGCUCCGCAACGAUCUUCUAGCAGGCCUCAUCAACGCAACCUUCGGGAAUGCAGUGGAGAUGGUGAUCACGGUGCAGACUCUGCGUGGCGGGCUGUACGCUGUAGUCAAGGCCACUCUACUAGGCUCAGUGCUUUCCAACGUGCUACUCGUACUGGGCAUGUCGUUUUUGUUUGGCGGCUUGGUGAACGUCAACAAAGAUAAGCAGAAGGACACAGCGGCCUUGGAGAAGGAGGAGACUGGGGGCUUCAGCGUUGUUGCAGAGAAGGUGCAGACCUUCAAGAUCUUAGGCGCCAUGGUGAACACUUCUAUGCUUCUCUUAUCCUGCUUGUCUUUCACCUUGGUCACUGUUUUCGGCACCAUGAUGUCGGAGCAGUACGGCAUGGACCGCGAAAGCUUGGAGGAAGUUAUGCUUCCCGUCUCGCGAACAUGCUCUAUUAUCAUCGUCUCCGCGUAUGCUGCGUACAUCAUCUUCCAGCUUUUCACACACCGCGAGGUCAUGGCAGAAGGCGGAGUUGAUGAGGAGGAAGAGGAGGACGGCUCCAUCUCCGUCACCACCGCUGGGAUUCUGCUCUUCGUCAUGACCUCUGUCGUCGCAUUCUGCUCUGACCUUUUGGUGGACUCCAUUGAGGACAUGACGGAGAAUGCUCACAUGGGCGAACACUUCAUUGGCAUUAUUCUUCUUCCCAUUGUUGGGAACGCCUGCGAGCACGCAGCCGCAGUGCGGUUCGCCAUGCAGGACAAGCCCGGAUUGUCCAUCGGUAUUGCAGUGGGCUCAUCAACGCAGAUAGCGCUCUUCGUUGUCCCGUUCUCUGUGCUGGUUGGGUGGUGCAUCGACCGCCCGAUGGACCUGAACUUUGGAGCUCUCAAUGUCACGGUAAUGACGCUCAGCGUCAUAGUUGUCCUUUCCAUGGUUGUGGAUGGACAGUCAAACUGGCUGCAGGGCUACCUCUUGUGUGCUGCCUACGCGGUGAUAGCUGUGUUGUUCUGGUAUGUACCCAACUCCGGCUCCAACGAGACGAUCUGAGUUGCUCUUGGAGCGUAAAGACGGCCUUAAGCCAAUGUGUUUUUAGCCUUUCAAGUGACCGGAAAAUCUGGGACUAUGUACCUAUCCAUGCGGAUGGAGGGGUUUCACUUGGGGGCUCUUUGUCGUGCAGGGAGCGUUGCAUUUCCAGGGC